AUGUCGACGACGGCGGCCUCUGCACCCAAUAGCGGGUCCUCCAUCGAUCAAAUCCGAGAUGCCUUCACACGGCUCGAGUCUGAAAUACAUGGUAGCGACGCUCGCAUGUUCAAGUCCACCUCAUUAGACGCCGUAAGAGAAGCUGCCAGGAUCAUCGAGAGAGACCAGGGGCAGAGACGGACUCUUCGAAAUCUUCGCAAGAUCGAACCGCUAUGUCAGGCUCUAGGCAGGUUUGGUGGGGCCAUUGAAACGCUAUGCCAGGGCACGCCAUACCUAUGCUUCAUAUGGGCUCCUAUCAAGCUCAUGCUGCAAAUUGCCGACGACUACACUCAAGGCUUCAAGAUCUUGGUGGAUGCGUACGGCCAGAUCGCUCAGCAUCUUCCCCGCCUUGAUCGCUUCGCUUCUGUAUUUGCAGACCAGCCUGACUUCCAGGCGGUGCUUGCUGAUGUCUACACUGACUUAGUUGACUUUCACUUGCAUGCCUACAAGCUCCUUCGGCGUCCAGGAUGGAAGCUGCUGUUCGAUGCAAGCUGGCGAGGGUUUCAGGCCCGCUUCAAUGCCAUUCUGCGAGGCCUGAGCGAAAACAAGCGUUUGAUAGACGACGAAGCCAACAGCUUCAACAUUCUGGAAGCCAAAGCAUUCCGAACGCGUCUCUACGCAUCUCUCGAACGUGAAGAGUCCGACCGACGAAUUUGGCAGCUACGCGAUACGGUCGCGUGGCUCGACUUGAAGGGUCUGGAUCGUGAGCAAGAAGAUCUUUUCGAAAGACGAUCACAGGCUCGCAAUCCAGACACCUGCCAUUGGAUACUGAACAACUCUGCAAUAGCAACGUGGCUCGAUGAAGAAGACCAACGUCCGUUCGUUUGGCUUCACGGCAAGCCUGGUUCUGGGAAAACGACUUUGGCCACUUAUCUGGCAGAACACUGCGCUCUGUCUCCAAGCUCCGAUCUUCUCUACUGCCUCUGUUCUUAUGGCUUCGGCAAGGCUGAACAGAACCCUUGUGGCCUUCUGUUGCGCUCUCUCAUUGCUCAGCUACUUAGACGCCAUACCGAUCUCCUCCCAUACGUGUACGACAACUACGUCAAACUUGGCGCAGUUCCUUCGCUCAAGAACAUCAAGGAGCUCCUGUUUCUAUUACUUGAUUCAUUGGGCACCAUAUUUUUGAUCCUUGAUGGCCUGGACGAAUGCGAAGCUAUUCAUCAGAAGCAAAUGUUGGCGGAGCUGACUGCUUUGAGACAGAUACCAGGCAACCGUCCCUCAGGUGCUGCGCGACUGAAGGUUUUGAUCUGCUCUCGCGAAACUAAGGACAUACAGCGAAAACUCAUCAAAGUCCCCACAGUAUCACUCAGUAAGCAGCAGUUCGUGGAUCGUGACAUCGCAAUAUUCGUCAGGAACAGCCUGCAAGAGCUGGUGGAGAGGUUCGAAGAAGCUAUUGUCCACGAGCUGGAACGAGAUCUUGUCUCCAAGGCAGACGGUGAGCUCUACCCGAAUCAAGUGUUCGAACGUACUCACGUUCAGCAGGGAUGUUUUUGUGGGCACAGCUCGUUGUGGAGACUGUAUUAG